AAUAUUAAAGUAAACUGAUUUAAUCUAUUCAGCGCCCUAUAGAAAUUUUCACUUUUGAGACUAAGACGGAAUUUUGAGAUUCGUUUUGAAAAGGUUCUUUAUUGAAAAAAAAAUUAUAUGGCUUAGAUUGCCGAGCUAGAGACGAAUGUUAAUAUCUAUAGUUUAAUUACGGUGAUUAUAAAUGAGCUUGAUUUUAUGAAAGGGGUAAUUUAAUAAAAAUAAAGAAAGAAAGAGAGUGAAGAAUCUUCCCACUUGAAUCUUGGACAGUUGGACUGUGUGUAUAAAUUUUUGUGAGACAUGUUUUUAUUAGACUGAGGGAAAGGAUUCACAUGGUUUAGUCUCCUUCAUAGCUAAUUUCAAUGUGUUGUGCUAAACUAUUUUUCUUUCUGGAUUAUUUCUAUAUUAAUUCUAGGCACUUGACAUGGUAUGAAUCGAAUGAUACGCAAUUGCAUCAGAUGCUAAAGCUAAGAAUAACGUUACUGACUAAUUUCAGUAAAGAUGAUGCCUGAUUGCUUUAUGAAAUGGUAUUUUUGCUUUUCUUCCAUGUUUUGGGUGUUGAUUCUCUUCCAUACACUUCUUGUGAAGUGCACUGAGAGGGUAAAGGGAAGGAGGAAAAAGUUUCUUGCCUUAAAUAUAAUUUUCUCGAUUCCGGAAAAUCUGGGAUUUUGUUUCAUUAUCAUUGCUUUAUGGCCUGUGGAUCUUUUUACUGCCCGUUUAAGGUUACUUCGCCAUAUGGCAAUAACCUUCAUCACCUCGAAAAUUCCACACACGGUCAAUUUGCAUUCACGACUAGUGAGGCUGGCAACUAUCUGGCAUGUUUCUGGGUUGACGGUCAUAAUCCAGGAGGUGGGGGUAUAAGUGUUAACAUUGACUGGAAAACAGGAAUUGCAGCGAAGGAUUGGGAAUCAGUUGCAAGGAAGGAGAAAAUCGAGGGUGUUGAACUUGAGCUGAGAAAGCUUGAAGGAGCUGUGGAGGCCAUUCAUGAAAAUCUUUUGUAUCUUAAGAGCAGAGAAGCCGAGAUGCGAAUCGUGAGCGAAGCGACAAAUGCUCGGGUGGCAUGGUUCAGUAUUAUGUCCUUGGGAAUCUGCAUUCUGGUUUCAAUUGCCCAGCUUUCAUACUUAAAGCAGUACUUCCAAAAGAAGAAGCUAAUUUAGGGUUUGUCUAAUCUAAAUUAUAAUCUGUACUACGGGAUGAAAUUUUCAAUCUUUUGUUCCCUUUUCUAUCAUCCACGAUGAAAUUUUGAUAUGAAAUUAGUAAAUGUGACGUCCGUCUAUCGUUUGAGAUGAUGAGAAAAUUGUUAUUUGUUUCUUUAGAUUAAGAUUAUUAAAGAGAUAAUACUAUAGUUUCUGGUUU